AGAAACGUCGGCUGUCGAUGUGUGUCGGCUGCGGCUCGCAGAUCCACGAUCAGUUUAUCCUGCGCGUCGCUCCCGACCUCGAGUGGCACGCCGCCUGCCUCAAGUGCGCCGACUGCCACCAGUUCCUCGACGAAACGUGCACUUGUUUCGUGCGCGACGGCAAGACUUACUGCAAACGCGACUACAUCCGGCUGUUCGGAACAAAGUGUUCGAAAUGUGCGCUCGGCUUUCAGAAGAAUGACUUCGUCAUGCGAGCGCGCAACAAGAUCUACCACGUCGACUGCUUCCGCUGCGUCGCCUGCAGUCGGCAGCUGAUUCCUGGUGACGAGUUUGCGCUCAGAGAGGAUGGCUUGUUCUGCAAGGCCGACCACGACGUCGUCGAGCGAGCGCAGGCGGGCGACGCUAGCGCUCUCAGCCCCGCGUCCGACAGCAGAUGCUCGCUGACGCCGCUAGGUGAUGAAUACGUGAGUGACGAUACAACUAGUCCGAAGAUAAGAAAAAAGAAAAGAAGUCACCACACUGGAAACGGUCACGCGCCCGACCCUCUCCACAACAACAACAACAACAACCACUCGCACACUAACUCGAACGGGCACGGCGGCGGGCGACGCGGCGGUCACGGCAAGCCGGAGAAGACGACGCGCGUGCGCACGGUGCUCAACGAAAAGCAGCUUCACACGCUGCGCACCUGCUACAACGCCAACCCGCGCCCGGACGCGCUCAUGAAGGAGCAACUCACCGAGAUGACGCAACUCAGUCCGCGCGUCAUCCGCGUCUGGUUCCAGAACAAGCGCUGCAAGGAUAAAAAGCGCCAAAUACUCAUGAAGUCGCUGCAGGAUCAGAAAGGACAGGACGGGCGCCGCUUGGCUGCGCUCGGGUCGAUGCAGGGCGUGCCGAUGGUCGCCUCUAGUCCCGUAAGACAUGAAAGCAGUCUGCAGGCGAACCCGAUAGACGUACAGCAGUACCAGCAGCCGCCGUGGCAGGCGCUCAGCGAGUUCGCUAUGAAGAGCGACCUCGACCAGAGUCAGCCGCCCUUCCAGCAGCUGAUGCACGGCUUCGGCGACGAGCACCACAAUCGUACAUGA